AUGUCCAAGCUCUCCGACUACGCCCUCCUCUGCUUCGACGUCUACGGCACCCUCAUCGACUGGGAGUCGGGCGUCAUAGCCGCGAUGCAGCCGACGCUCGACAAGAACAACGCCCAAUUCUCCCGCACCGAGCUCCUCACCACCUACCACGAGCUCGAGCGCACGCAGCAAAUCGCCACCCCCGACAUGCCCUACUCGCAGCUGCUCACGACCAUCCACCCGCAGUUCGCCGCAAAGCUGGGCCUCGCCGCCCCCACCGCCGACGAAAGCCGCCAAUUCGGCGAGUCGGUCGGGACCUGGCCCGCCUUCCCGGACACGGUGGACGCGCUGCACCGGCUGUCCAGGCAUUUCAAGCUGGUCGUGCUGUCGAACGUCGACCGCGAGUCGUUUGCCAAGACGAAUGCGGGGAGUCUGCGGGGUUUCCCGUUCGAUCUUAUCAUCACCGCGCAGGAUGUCGGCUCGUAUAAGCCGGACCUGCGCAAUUUUGAGUAUAUGCUGCGCAAGGCGAAGGAGACGUUUGGGAUUGAGUCGGGGCGGGUGCUGUCUACCGCGCAGAGCCAGUUCCAUGAUCAUCACCCGGCGCAUAAGGUCGGGCUGAAGUCGGUCGCCGUAACCUUCACCGCAGACCAAUUCCAAGGCAUCUACCGCGGCAAGCAGUACCACGCGCCCGACUUCGCUGCGGUGCUACAGCGCGCCCGCGAAUACAACUGCGAAAAGGUCAUGCUAACGACCAUGACGCUCGCCGGCGCAAAGCAAAACCUACAGGCCGUCCGCGAACACCCCGACACAUGCACCAUGACGCUAGGCGUGCACCCGUACCACGCGGGGGAGAUCUACACCGACAGCAACGACGGCCACUCGCAUCUCCAGUCUCUGCGCGAGUUUGCACACUCCCUUCUGGCGGAGCGCCCGUCGCCACUGGUUGCCUAUGGAGAAAUCGGGCUGGACUAUGAGUACCUCGACCGCGCGGACAAAGUCACGCAGCAGCGCGCGUUCCGCGAUCAGCUCGAGCUAGCCGUGGAACUGCAGCUGCCGCUGUUUUUGCAUGUGCGGGAGUCCUGCGAGGACUUCAUCGGCAUUAUUGAGCCGUAUCUGUCGAGGCUGCCGCGCGGGGGCCUGGUGCAUUCGUUUGCUGGGUCAAGGGCGGAGAUGCUCCGGCUGGUGGAGCUGGGAUUCGAUGUUAGUGUUAAUGGGGUGUCGUUUCGCUCCGAUGAGGGCCUGGAUAUGGUGCGCCAUAUCCCGUUGGAGAGGUUGCAGCUGGAGACGGAUGCGCCGUGGUGUGAGGUGCUCGCUAAUGAUGAAAGGAUUGCGCCGUAUUUGAGGACUGCGCGCCCGCUGCCGCCGGCGAGGAAGCAUAAUAAGUUUCUACCGGGGCAGAUGGUCAAGACGCGGAAUGAGAGCUGUACGAUUGAACGGGUGGCGUUGGUGGUUGCUGGGUUGAAGGGGGUUUCUGUGCGGGAGGUUGCUGAAGCGGCGUGGAAGAACAGCGUGCGGAUGUUUGGGUUGGGGGUAGAGAAAUAG